CAACAAACAUAUGACCCUUCCUCACUGCCUAUAGGUUGGAGGCCAUCGCUUUAAGUUGGAGCCCAUUGCUAGUAGGUUGGACACCAUCGCUUUUAGGUUGGAGGCCAUAGUAUCGGUUCCUCCGCUGCAGGCAGGUGGCAGCCUCAACGGUGAUCAGCACUUGCAGAUCGGGAACCUCAUGGAUCAGUCCGGCAAAAAGAAACUGGUUUCUGCAAUGGGCGUCCCCAAAACUCCCAAGAAGCCCAAGACUCCAAAAGGGAAGGAAGGGGAAGGUGAAAGCCCUGAAGGUCCCCACAAGAUGACUGAGCAAUCCCCUUUGCAAAAGGCUAUUGCUCUCCAGAACCAAGUCCUGAGCAAGGCCAACUCUUGCCGAGACCAUGCGUUCAAAUUGGGACCGUUGGCGAUGUCAGAAGGCUUGAUUGGGCAGUUGAACGCACUUGACGUGCAGCUCCAGGGGUGUGCCAAGAAGUUGCAGGGCCUGAUUCGAGCCAACAAGGAUAAGAACCAUAAAAGAGUGGCUGUCAUCCAAGAGGUCAACGAAGCCACGGCUCUGGCGACAGAGCGAUUGGAAUUGGCCAGGGCGCUGAUUCGGGCAAGUGAGAAAAACUCGAAGCCGAAGCCCAAGGCAAAGUCUCGGGCAAAGAAGGAGUGAAAUCACU